UUAAUUUCCUUUGGUAGAAUAGAAUACAUUACAUAACCAUGAAACAAUUAUACUCUACAGUAUUGUUUAUACUAUUCGGAAUAAUCUAUUCUAUUAAAUCUACUAAUGUGACAAUACUUGUUGAACUUGAAUCAUUCUAUUAUCCAUCAAAAACUACAUUUUAUCAUAAAUGGUGUGAUCACCAAGAAAGACAUGAAUACUGUUCCCCUUACUUUGUUAUUUGUUUAACAAGAAAAUCUUUAGGACAAUGUAUACAAAAGUAUGAAUUUGGUGGUUCGGGUCCACAAUAUGAACAUAAACGGACUAUCAUAUUUGAUGAUGAAUUGAAUGAAAAUAUAACUAAUCCACUUGUAUUUACUGUGUCAAAUUGGACUGAUGAUCUAGCGUUAAAUGUAGAUGUAUUCAAUGAAGAAUUUAUUGUUACAUCAUUAUUGGGUCGAUCCCAAAUUUCAUUAGAUUGGUUAAAAAUACUAGGUACAAAUCAAACUGAAAAAUGGAAAGAAGUUACAUUUACAGAACGUUACAGUGUAAUGGAACUACUUGCAUUGGUCAAAGUUUUUAGUUCAGAAUUUUCAGAAAAGUUAUGGUUAAUCGAGCAGAUUGACACAGUUGACAUUAAGUAUUAAAAUUUAACAUAAACUAUACAUGGCACGUCAGUUUACUUGAGAACUUCAACUACUCGUGUGUUUUGCUUUGUAAAAUCAUUUUUCCUGUUUACCA